CAGAACUCUCAUUUCUACGCUGUCCGAGGCCGACAUGUCAAAUAACAGUGCGAACAGUAAUAAUUUGGUUAUCGCCCAAAAGGCAGUCAAACAACUACGUCUUGAGGCGAGCGUCCGUAGAAUUAAGGUGUCUCAAGCUGCAGCUGAUCUGAAGACCUUCUGCCUGCAGAAUGCACACAAGGACCCACUUCUCAUGGGUGUGCCAUCCAGUGACAACCCUUUCCGCCCACCCAAAUCCUGUUCACUCUUCUGAGGGGAUUCUGCACGGAAGACAGGAAUCCCGAAACCCUUCUGAACAUUCCGAUUUCUCUCCGUCCUUCCCUGCUCACACACUGGGGCUCAUCACUCUAAAGCUGUUCGGCAUUUCCUGGUGCUGAUUCCUUGUCACUGCUCCAUAUGUUCUUUCUCUAACUAAAGGACCAGGAACAAUACACCAACCUUCAGUGAUACUACUGUUUUUUCUAUUUGUUGUUUUGUCUUAUUUUGUUUUAAAUUUCCUUGCCUUCACUUCUAAUGUGAGAUAUAAAGUGACCUGGGUGUUAGCAUUUUUUGGUACAUGCCGUUUUCUAACAGUUAUAGGUUGAGAAAUGUAUUACACUCAGAUACGGUGCCGUACAAGGCCAUGUAGACAGGACAGAAUUGGAGAGCCUGUGCUUCAGGACAGCUAGGGCCAUUCCCAACACUCUUAACACUCUUAUCUUUUGUCUUCUCCUCUGUGUGAAUCCAAACCUUAAGGGGGCAGAGCAAAACAAUACUGUUACUCAGGAAUAAGAUUGCUCCCUCCUUAAAUUAAUAGCACUAACCAAGUGGAUGAGAUAAGAAGGACGGUCUUUCAAGUCUUGGACAGGACCUCAGAUAUUUUGUUACAAAACCCCUUGACUAGUCUGACAGAAAUGCAGGUGAACAUCCUUGCCCUGAAGGUCCAGUAUGGCAUCUUUUAUACCAAGACUGUUCUGAACAUGACCAUCAGUUGUGACCAUGUGUAAUGCUGUACUCUAUAAUCCUUAUUAAUGGAGUUAUCUAUUUACAACCCUUACAAAGGUACUACUUCUUAUCUUUAAUGCACUUUCAGUUUGUCUGUUUUUUUAUGAAGAUGAUCAGGAAAAUGUUGCCUUAUUAUUUAGUUGGUUUAGAACAGGGGUGGGCAAAUCCGGUCCUGGAGGGCCAUGGUCCUGCUGUUUUUCUUGUUGACCGGCAAGGACUGGCCCUCCAGGACUGGAUAUGCCCACCCCUGGUUUAGAACAAUAAAGUGGUAGUCAUCAGAUUACUGAGCUCAGUAAUAUUGUGAGAUGAGCAGUUAACUUGACCCUUUUUAAAUGUCUUCAUUAGCUGUGAAUGUAUGGGAGAAUUUCUCAAAUGUGUGACACAAAGGUGACACUCAAGUAUUCUCUGUUUACUCUACAUUAAUCAGUUAAGAGUUCUCUUUGGCUUUCUGAAUCAUUCAGAAUGCCAAACUACACUUUAGCGAGUUACACAAGUGAUAAAAAUUCACAUACCUGACCACUACACCUGUCCUCUCAACCCCCAUUUCAUCUCUGGACUGUAGGCAUAGAAACAGCAUCAAUCAUCCUUAUCAUCAUCAUCAUCAGGGUAUUUCUAGAAGGUGUGUGUGUGUACACUGCAUCAUCCUUCAUUUAUGUUGUUUAACAAGUUUUAAAAAUGACUGAGAUAAGGACAUAAAUGCAUUUUCCUUAUGGUUAUGUAGACAGCAGUUUGUGACUGUUACCUUCUGGAAUAUGCUGAUCUCUGUAAGAUGUCAUGGUACACAUAUCAUGUCUUCAGUGCAGUUAUCUUUUGUCCACUGAGUGCUUUUGAUUUCUUUGUGUAAACACUGUCAGCCUUUGUGCCUUAAAGAAAGAAAGAAGUCAUAUGUGUUCUACAUUGUGGAAGCAUAAAUUCAA